ACAGGAAAUAGCAAAAUAUUUGUGGACUCGAUCUAAAUCAGGAGCCCAGAAAAACCUGAAGAUGAUAGCGUGGGAUUCUUAGGUUUUCGAGAUUCACACACACCAAAUUUGUAAUCAUCACAAACUCCACUGUCCAGGUUUUGUCUGGCUUUAUGAAGACAGCAAAAUUCUGAUGAUGGAAAAGCAGAGAACUUAAUCACUUGCUUCAGUAUCAUCGAAAGGCAACUGAAAAGCGAACCAGGCAGUCAUACAGCCAUGGAAAAAAAUUCAAGUUUAUGGAAGAACCUGAUAGACGAGCACCCCGUCUGCACAACCUGGAAGCAAGAGGCCGAAGGAGCCAUUUAUCAUCUUGCCAGUAUUUUAUUUGUAGUAGGUUUCAUGGGCGGCAGUGGAUUCUUCGGGCUCCUCUAUGUCUUCAGCUUGCUAGGGUUGGGUUUUCUCUGUUCUGCUGUCUGGGCUUGGGUGGAUGUCUGUGCAGCCGACAUAUUUUCCUGGAAUUUCGUACUCUUUGUCAUCUGUUUCAUGCAAUUUGUUCACAUUGCGUAUCAAGUUCACAGCAUAAACUUUGCCCGAGAAUUCCAGGUGCUGUACAGCUCCCUUUUCCAGCCCCUGGGAAUCUCUUUGCCCGUCUUCAGAACGAUUGCUUUGAGCUCUGAAGUGGUUACUUUGGAAAAGGAACACUGUUAUGCCAUGCAGGGGAAAACUUCCAUUGAUAAGCUCUCCCUGCUUGUUUCAGGAAGGAUCAGAGUGACAGUUGAUGGCGAAUUUCUGCAUUACAUUUUCCCCUUUCAGUUCCUGGAUUCCCCUGAGUGGGAUUCACUGAGACCUACCGAGGAAGGCAUCUUUCAGGUAACCCUCACAGCAGAAACUGAUUGUCGCUACGUGUCUUGGAGGAGAAAGAAAUUAUAUUUGCUCUUUGCCCAGCAUCGUUACAUCUCCCGCCUGUUUUCAGUGUUAAUUGGCAGUGACAUUGCAGAUAAACUGUAUGCCUUGAACGACAGGGUAUACAUGGGGAAAAGAUAUCACUAUGACAUUCGGUUACCCAACUUCUAUCAAAUGUCAAGUCCAGAAAUGCGCAGAUCACCCCUGACAGAACAUUUUCAGAAUUCCAGACGGUAUUGUGAUAAAUGACAUCAAAGUCUGAAAUGCAGAAGUAUAAAAAAAAAAAAAAGACUCUUCAUCAUUCCCCAAAUGAAAUAGCAAAAUACAGAAAAUUGAUCUAAUAUUUUUAUACAUCAAAUUCAGAGGCGAGAUGUCACUGCCAACUGUUUUAUUCAUUUCAACUGCUGCACUGCGAAUAAAUUUUGCAAAUCUUUCUUGUA